UCACGCAGAAAAAAAGCUUGGCGGUGUACUUGCAGAAAAAAAAAAUUCGGUCUCCUUCUGUGACACCAGCAACACCACGUGUAUGUUCGUUCGUCUGUGUACAUAAUGUAUGAUAAUCGACUCCAUACUCUGUACCACGUACAGCCUCCUUCCAUUAUCGAAAAUUUUGUGCUCGUCGCGAGAAAAAUAUUUCAUCUGUGAAUAAGUAAUCUGCGAAUAUAAAUGGAUUCGGCAGGAAAUGAAGUAAUCAUCGUAGACGACCGAGCACAAACUAACGGUUUUAACGGUAAUUACUCCGAAGAAUCGGUGUCCGAGAUGAAAACACGCUCGAAAGCCAUCACCAACACCAACAGCAGCAGCGCGAGUGGCGGGCCAGGAGAAGCGGCCAAGCUGCGUAGCAGUUCGCGAACAAGCGCAGCUCCAUCUAGCGUAGCGAAUUCUCACGAUAAAACGCAGACAACUGGUUCGGCGACAUCGUCGGCUCCGAGUUCGGCUCCGGCUGCGGCAUCGGUUAUCAGCUCGACCGGAUCGUCGUCCGCCGCCGAUAAGGAUAAAAAAAUGAACCUUAGAAGCGAACCAGGAUCCGGUACGGCUGGAAAAUCCGCUUCGUCGGCGUCCUCGUCAGCCAGCGACGCUGCUUCGAAGAGCAGUCGCAGCUCGGCGGUCGAAUCGACGCCCGGUCCGAAGAGUAGUAAAAAAGGCGCCGGCAGCGUUGGCGGAGGCGAUCGAGAGGACGACAGCGGUAUAAAUUCGCGAUCGUCGUCGGUAUCGACGGACGAUACGUACUCGUCGCGGCUACGUACGCGGUCCAAGCGAGCCGAAGCGUUGAGCAGCAGCACGCCGGCCAGCACCCGGAAGACGUCUACGCGUAUGCCUUUGUCUACGUACGAUUUCGACGACGAUUCGAUUAUACUGGAAGAAGAGCCGUCCACGUCGGCGACGUCGCUCAAACGCAAAGCCACCAAAGUCUUAGUCGAAGAGAUGGAAGACGACGAAGCGGCCGCAGCCGACGACGCCGACGAACCGCCGGUCAAGGUGACCGUAAUCCGGCGCACCAGUUUCUUCAACGUGCUGCUCAAUCCGCUGAAGGCGAUCAGAGGUAAAAUAUUCGUCGGAUCGCAGCAGCAGCCAUCGGAAAAAGACGACGCCCAGGCAUCUGCGGCCACCGACGAAGCCGCGUCCCAAACCAGUGUCUCCAAAGUCAACGACGACGAUCCCAAAACCGAACACGCCGCUUCGCAGACCACCGAUCUUCACAACAGCGAAGCCGCAACAACCGCAGCUACCAACGAAGACGGAAAAGAGACCCCAGGCACGUGCAUGCUUAUGUAAGCCAGGCCCCCCGAGAGUCCUAGCCCCAGUAUCCCUAUCUCUACCUUUUCCUAUAAUCCUUCUGUUUUCCCAAUCCCAUCGUCCUCCUUGUCAGUGUUCUCGAAAUUUAAUUUUAUCCUCCUCGACGACGUCAUCGUGUUUUCUUUUCGUUUUUCCAUUAUUUUUGUUAUGUUCUGUUUCUCUCUGUUUCUUUUCUACUAUUAUGUGGGGCCGCUUACUUAAGUACGCUAUAAAAAAAAUACCGUCUAGUUAAUUAUUAUUGAAUUUUUAUCGUGUUCUGUAUCUGUCUGUCUGUCUCUCUCUUUUUUGUUUCUCAGUGUGUAUGUGUUUUUAUUUUAAUUUUUUAAAAUAUUUGUAUCAUGCAAUUUUACUACAACGACGACGCGACGACCCGAAGACGAAAUGCAGAGAUGGUAUGUGUUUGUGUAUCGAAGACAUACAGUUGUGUGACGACGAUGAAAUUUCAACUUGUGUAAUUUUUUUUUUCUUUUUUUUUUUGAAUUAUACAUUUAUAAAUAUCAUUGUAUACAUACGUAGGUUGCAUGUUUUUUAAUUUUAAUGUUUUUAUUUUUAAUAAUUUUUCUUUUCAUUGUAGUUUUAUUGGAUUAUUUUUUAAAAUUCUUUCCGGAUGAUGAUUUUUUUUGUAACGUUAGUGUUUUACCGUUGAUUAUUUUAUCAUCGAUUUUUUUUUCUAUUAGCGAUAAUUUGUUUUGUCUUGAUGUACAUUAAUGCGUUCAGUGCCAUCUACGGUAGGGGGCCAAAUCAUAUGGAAGAGCUCUUUUCGCGUACCUAAGAAGCUUUUCAUGUAAGAAUAAUUUAAAGCGCAAAGCGGACGACGACAUCGACUAUGCUGCAGGUUGAAUAACCAGAACUCAUAUCUCACUGCAGGUGAAAUGGUGCAUAAUGCAUUGGAACAGGCGUUAGUGUUAUGCAACUCAUUUUACAUACGUGUGCGGUGUACUGCGCUUCUUUUUUUUUUGGUAAUAUUUUAAUGCCACCUAUUUUCUAUAACGUAGGGUUACCUAAAUGUUUUAUUUUAUUUGUUGGGUGGAAGAUGGGUUAACGGAGAAGUGUCGUCGAGAGUUGAGUGAGGUCAAGGAAGAAGUUGGAAGUGAACUAUUAACGGCUGGAAACGCUAGUGAAGAGUGCAAUGAUUUUGAGCGUUCGUCUAGUACAUACGAAAAAAAUUUAAUUGGUGUGCAAUUUUUGUUAAGUAAUGUUUUUAUGUUUUUUUUUUAAAUGUAUGUUUUAUUUUAAUUAAGUAUGACUGAAAAGAGCUCGUUGAUUUAGAAAAUAUUUAUUCAGAAGUACAAUAUUAUUAAAGGUGAUUUGCUCCGCAUAAUUUGUACGUAGGUGUAGUUGAAGAAAGAAUGAAUAGAGAUCGAUGGAGAAUAACAAAUAUCUAGAGAUACCUAAUGAAUUACGUAUUUUAGUCGUUGAAUGGUACUGAUCGCAUUUAUAGGGCAUUUCUUUUUGUUUUCUGUUCGCGAAAAAAAACCACAGUUUUAUUGUACGUAAAAUUUUAUUUUUUAAUUAUUUUUUUUUUAAAUGUAGAUUUGUGAAUUUGCAUUUUACGUGGAAGAGUUUUUUAAAAAUGAAUGCGUAUGUUGAAAAAGGAUACUACGAAGAAAAAAAAAUGUAAAAAAAAAGAAAA